AUGUCUCUUAGAAGAGUUAUUCAGUCCGUUCCCUGCAAACCCUCCCAUCUCCCAGCAAAAUUACUCCCUACGGCAGAUCUGGUCGAGGAAGAGCACACGGCCCAUUAUAAGCCUCAGCACUUUUAUCCUGUACGUCUUUAUGAGAUACUCAACAACCGAUACCAAGUGGCCGCCAAAAUAGGCUGGGGAACAAGUUCGACAGUAUGGCUAGCACGCGACCUCCACCAGUGGCGAUGGCAUCGGCCCCGAUAUGUGGCCAUUAAAGUUAACGCAAACAAUUAUGAGUCUCAAGAAUCCGCGGAGAAGGAACUCCGCAUUACUGAGCAUAUAACUAAAGCAAACACCCAGCAUCCAGGCCGCAACUUUGUCGCCACCUUGUUAGACUCGUUCCGUGUUGCUAGCCCGGGCGGCACUCAUAUUUGCAUGGUCUUCGAUGCACUUUGUGAACCACUCUGGAUGCUGAAGCGUCGUUUUGAAGGAAACAUCAUCCCUCUCGACGUCUUGAAACCGGUGUCUAAACUCAUACUAGAAGGACUACAGUAUAUCCACACCGAAUGCCACGUUAUUCACACAGAUCUCAAGUCCGAUAACAUCUUACUGGCCCUACGCAACCUGUCUAUCCUGGAAUCGGUCGCACAAGAUGAGAUGAACAAUCCCUCUCCACGGAAACCUGGACGAUCGGUAAUAACUGACUUUGGGCUUGCCGUGCGCGGUGACGGGCCCCCGAACAGCCACUGCAUCCAGCCAGAGGGAUAUCGGGCCCCGGAAGUUUGUCUCGGGGGCGACUGGAGCUACAGUGUUGACGUUUGGAACUUGGGAGUUAUGCUUUGGGACCUGUCCUAUGGCCGCGGUCCCUUUGACAUACCACCGGACUCGUGCGGCUCAGGCUCAGCAGACGAAGCCCAUCUGGGCAAGAUAAUUUCCCUCCUGGGGCCCCCUCCACCUGAUCUUCUCGGCCGCGGAAAAGAAACAUCUCGGUAUUUUAACGCUAAAGGACAAUUCAAAUUCCCCGAACUCGUCGGAAAAAAGGACCUGGUUUCUAUGGCUAAAGAAAUUGAUGAUGACGACGGAAUGCCCCAGUUUGUAGACUUCAUUUCUAGAAUGCUGCGCUGGAGGCCCGAGGACCGGACCACGGCGCAGGACCUGCUUUCCCAUCCGUGGCUUCCGCAAAUGAAACCUGCGAAUGGAUGUGAAUGGGCUUAUCUGUACAGUAAGUUGCCGUACUUGUAA